AUGUUCGGCCGCUCUCGCAGCUGGGUGGGCGGUGGACAUGGAAAGGCCGCCCGCAGCAUCCACUCCUUGGACCACCUCAAGUACAUGUAUCAUAUUUUGACUAAAAAUACAACGGUUACAGAUCACAACCGCAACCUGCUGGUAGAGACUAUUCGUUCUAUAACAGAGAUCCUUAUAUGGGGGGAUCAGAAUGACAGCUCAGUAUUUGACUUUUUCUUGGAGAAGAAUAUGUUUGUUUUCUUCUUGAACAUCUUGCGUCAGAAGUCUGGACGUUACGUGUGUGUACAGCUUCUGCAAACUCUGAACAUCCUUUUUGAGAACAUCAGUCAUGAAACAUCACUGUACUACCUGCUCUCUAAUAACUAUGUAAAUUCUAUUAUUGUCCACAAAUUUGACUUCUCUGAUGAGGAGAUCAUGGCAUAUUACAUAUCAUUUUUGAAAACUCUUUCCCUGAAGCUCAACAAUCAUACUGUACAUUUCUUUUAUAAUGAGCACACUAAUGACUUCGCUUUGUACACUGAAGCUAUUAAAUUUUUUAACCACCCAGAAAGCAUGGUCAGGAUUGCUGUUAGGACUAUAACUUUAAAUGUCUACAAAGUGUCAUUGGACAACCAACCUAUGCUGCAUUACAUUAGAGAUAAAACUGCUGUCCCUUAUUUCUCCAACCUCGUUUGGUUUAUUGGAAGCCACGUGAUAGAACUGGAUAACUGCGUGCAGACUGAUGAAGAGCACAGAAAUAGAGGCAAACUGAGUGAUCUGGUAGCAGAACAUCUUGAUCAUUUACAUUACCUUAAUGAUAUCCUUAUCAUUAAUUGUGAAUUUUUAAAUGAUGUGCUGACAGACCACCUACUUAAUAGGCUCUUUCUUCCCCUCUACGUAUAUUCGUUAGUAAAUCAAGAUAAGGGUGGAGAGCGUCCAAAAAUAAGUCUCCAAGUUUCACUUUAUCUUCUUUCUCAAGUUUUUCUAAUUAUACAUUAUGCCCCUUUGGUGAACUCGUUGGCUGAGGUUAUACUUAAUGGCGACCUCUCAGUGUUUUCUUCUAAAGUUGAGCAAGAUAUACAGAGAAACUCAACGAAGUCAAGUAUCAGAUGUUUCAUAAAACCAACAGAAACACUUGAAAGGUCUCUUGAAAUUAAUAAACAGAAGGGGAAGAAGAGAGUGCAGAAGAGACCCAACUAUAAAAAUGUUGGUGAAGAAGAUGAAGAGGAGAGAGGAUCUGAAGAUAACCAAGACGAUCUAGAUAAAACUAAAGGUACAGAGGCAAGUUCAAAGGGUAUCAGAACAAGCAGUGAAAAUGAAGAAAUAGAGAUGGUAAUCAUGGAGAGAUGUAAACUAUCAGAACUGUCUAUCUCUGCUGUGACAGAACAGAAUACAACAGAUGAAGAAAAGAGUGCAGCUGCCUCUGGGAGUGAGAUAACAAACUGGAACAGACCUUUUCUUGAUAUGGUCUAUAAUGCACUAGACUGUGCUGAAGAUGAUUAUUAUGCCCUCUUUGUGCUGUGUCUUCUAUAUGCAAUGUCACACAACAAAGGAAUUGACCCAGUCAAGCUGGAAAGAAUUCAACUUCCAGCUCAAAAUGCUGAAGAGAGAAAUUCAUAUAAUCAUGUACUUGCAGAAGGGCUCAUCAGGAUAAUGAAUUAUGCUGCACAACCAGAUGGAAAAAUUCGCUUGGCAACUUUAGAACUUGGCUGCCUAUUGUUGAAGCAGCUUGUGUUUUCUAAAAACAGGAGCAUCAUAAAAGACAUUCACCUUGCUUGCCUUGAGGGUGCAAGGGAAGAAAGCGUUCAUCUCCUUCGUCGUUUCUAUAAGGGAGAAGAGAUUUUCCUGGAUAUGUUUGAAGAUGAGUACCGGAGUAUGACAAUUAAACCUAUGAACGUAGAGUACUUGAUGAUGGAUGCCUCAAUCUUGUUGCCUCCAACGGGGACACCACUGACUGGUAUUGAUUUUGUGAAAAGAUUGCCUUGUGGAGAUGUGGAAAGAACACGAAGAGCAAUCAGAGUCUUCUUCAUGCUCCGUUCACUAUCACUGCACUUGAGAGAUGAGCCAGAAACUCAGUUACCACUCACAAGGGAGGAAGAUCUGAUAAAGACAGAUGAUGUUCUUGACUUAAAUAACAGUGACCUCAUUGCUUGUACAGUUGUAACAAAGGAUGGAGGUCAAGUUCAAAGAUUCCUUGCUGUGGAUAUUUACCAGAUGAGUUUGGUUGAGCCAGAUAUUGCCAGACUUGGAUGGGGAGUAGUUAAGUUUGCAGGCCUUCUGCAGGAUAUGCAGGUGACAGGGGUAGAGGAUGACAGUAGAGCUCUGAAUAUAAUAAUCCACAAGCCUGCCGCAAGUCCUCAUUCUAAGCCCUUCCCUAUCCUUCAAGCUACAUUUAUUUUUUCUGAUCACAUUCGCUGCAUUAUUGCAAAACAGCGUCUUGCAAAAGGCCGUAUCCAGGCUCGGCGUAUGAAGAUGCAGAGAAUAGCAGCUCUCCUGGAUCUUCCUGUCCAGCCUUCAACUGAAGUUAUGGGUUUUGGACACAGCUCUGCAGCUACAGCCCAACACCUUCCAUUUAGAUUUUACGAUCAGUCACGUCGUGGUAGCAGUGAUCCUACGGUACAACGCUCUGUUUUUGCUUCUGUUGACAAAGUUCCAGGCUUUGCUGUAGCCCAGUGUAUAAAUCAGCACAAUCCAUCGCCACUCUCAUCACCGUCACCUUCCAGUGGCAGUGGAAGUACAGGGCGCUGUGAUUCAGUGACAGCAAGCUCAACGUCCACUCCUGCUGCACUGAGCCCAUCAGGUCUGGCAGGAAAGGACGUCGGCGGGUGUUUAGUCUGUCGGAGGCUGACAGUCACGGUGGACACUGGGUUUAGGUCUUCAAGCAGCAGCUGCAACAGAAACUCACGCAAUAUCAAUUCAGAUGACACUUCAGCUCCAGAGCAGCCUCAGAUGACAAUUUCUGGUCAGAUGAUGACUGAUGAAACUCUUUCAGCUGUCUCAAAGUCUAACAAGAACACUGUAAAAACCAGUGACAUAGAAACAGCAAACCUGUCUCCUAGCCUGAUUCCUGCACAGCAGCCCACAAUAUCAUUAAUAACAGAUGACAGUACGGAUGCACUAAGCGUGGAGUCGCUUACCCUGGUGCCACCAGUCGAUCCACACAGUAUUCGAACAUUCACCUGCAUUCCUCAGUCCUCUUUGGAGUCUGAAGGUGAAGUGUGCAAGGUGAAAGAGGUAGAGGAAGAAAAUUCUGAGUAA